AUGAAGCGCGGCGAUUGGUGGGUGGUGACCAAUGGCGGCGGGGGGCGGGGCACGCGGCGCCUGGCGCGGUCGAGCUGCGCGCGCGCACAUGUCGCGGCGGCGCGUCGCGCAGCGAACGUGUUGUAUCACACUCGGACAGCGUCUGACAAAGUCUCGGUUACCUCGUGUCCUUAUGGUGUAGUGCAGUGUUCUAUCAUGAUGCUAGGUGGUAUGGACGGCAAGGAAUACGGCGCGCUGCAUGCAGCCGCCGCAGCAGCGGGCUACGCAAUGGAAACCGAUCCCAGCGCAGCUGCCAUGGGCAACCCUGGCGUGCCUGGCUCUGGGACUCAGCAGUACGGGGAGGUGAACCAACUGGGAGGAGUGUUCGUCAACGGUCGACCUUUACCCAAUGCCGUCAGGCUACGGAUAGUGGAGCUAGCGCAAUUAGGAAUAAGGCCUUGUGACAUAAGUCGACAGUUACGAGUAUCUCACGGAUGUGUGUCAAAGAUCCUGGCGAGGUAUCACGAGACCGGCUCCAUCCUGCCCGGAGCCAUUGGUGGUUCAAAACCAAGAGUUACCACACCCAAGGUGGUGUCUUACAUAAAACAGCUCAAAGCGAAAGAUCCAGGCAUUUUCGCUUGGGAGAUCCGUGACAGGUUAUUGGCUGACGGCGUAUGUGACAAGUAUAAUGUGCCGUCAGUAUCUAGUAUCAGUCGAAUCCUGCGCAACAAACUGGGUGGGGGCGCUCUGUACCCAGUCCCACCCUUAUACCCUGUUCCACCGCAGAGGUGCUGGCCGCUACACCAGCCUUAUGACUACUACGUAUAUCUUCAGGGUCGACAGCAUACAGCAAGCAAUCCUCACGCACUGCCCCACCCCCACCAGCAGCCCCCACCGCCCCACCAUGCGCACGCGCACGCACUUUGA